GAGAGUGAAGAAAUGGGAAGAGGAAGAUUGGAGCUGAAGAGGAUAGAAAACAAAAUAAAUAGGCAAGUUACAUUUGCAAAAAGGAGGAAUGGGGUGCUCAAGAAAGCCUACGAGCUCUCCGUUCUUUGUGAUGCCGAGGUUGCUCUCAUCAUCUUCUCCAACAGAGGGAGGCUCUAUGAGUUCUCUAGUUCUUCCAACAUGCUCAAAACUCUUGAAAGAUACGAAAAAUGCAGUUAUGUGACACCUGAAGUAAACCAAGCAGCCAAAGAAAUUGAGCAAAGUAGCUAUAGAGAAUACCUGAAACUGAAAGCAAAAUAUGAUGCACUACAACUUCAUCAAAGGAAUCUUCUUGGCGAAGACCUGGGCCCACUGAAUGUUAAGGAUCUAGAACAUAUUGAGCUUCAACUUGAUUCAUCCCUCAGGCAUGUUCGAUCAACCAAGACCCAAUUGAUGCUUGAUCAGUUUUCUGAUCUUCAAACAAAGGAGAAGGCAUUGGUUGAAGCUAACAUGGCUUUGGAAAGAAAACUAGACGAAAUGUACGGACAGAUGCAACUUCAGCCACCAUGGCCAGGCAGCGAUCAAGGCAGUAGUUCAUUAUAUGCUCAACCAGUACACCAUCCUCCUCCUCCUCCUCAAUCUCAGGGGUUUUUCCAGCAUCUUGAUUGCAACUUCAAUUUACAAAUAGGGUAUGAUCCAACAGGAGGAGGAGGAGAAGGAGAAGGAAGCAGGAUAGCUGCUGCUGCUGCUGCUGCUGCAACCCAAGAACAAAAUGUGAAUGGUUUGAUGCCAGGUUGGAUGCUAUGACAGACUUUUGAGUUUACCAGUGGUGGUGUCAGAUUUAAAAUAUGCUUAACCAGUAGUAGUUCCCCUUACUAAAUACUGCCUGCAUCAUAAUAUAUUAAUUAAUGACUAACCAACCGUCCUCUUGUAAUAAUAAUCUGAUGCUUUUCACAAAUCUACUCUGUUUGCAAGCUUUAUUAUUAAUUAAGAGCUUGUUGGAU